ACCCCCUCGCGUUGUCGCCGCCCCUUCGUCGUCGUCUUUGCUGCCCAGUUUUAUUUGUAUUCAGUCAUAAAGAACAAACAACAAAAGACGCGGAAAUGGAUUAUAUUGUGAAGGCCUACAAGGACUGGAAAUUGCAUUCGCAAUUUCAAGAGAUCGUGCCUGAUAUGGAUGAUUCGGAAUUCAUGUUCAACGAAAAGCAAUCGAUACGCGACUCCUCACGCACCCUCAAGAAAUAUGGCAGCACCUGCUGCAACAAUCUGCGCAACAAUGAAAUCCUCAUAAGACACACCGUCGAGAAAACGGACACAUUGCAAGGCAUUUCCCUCAAAUAUGGCGCAACGACGGAACAAAUACGCCGCGCGAAUCGCCUGUUUGCCUCGGACAGUUUGUUCUUGCGCCAAUUCUUGCUGGUGCCGGUGGAGAAGACGUCACCCUACUAUUUGCAGGCAAAUGGGGCUGAUAUGCUGGCCGGCGUACUCGAAUCGCCGCCAACGACACCCGAUGCGAAUGUGCAACGUGAGGCGCUCAACAAUGCAAACAAUUUAAGUCAAACGGAAUGUUGUUACAAUAACAGCAGCAGCAGCAGUAACAACAGUUGCAACACCAACAGCUCAUCAACGUCAUCGUCAGCGUCAUCAUCGUCGUCCUCCUCAACGAUGAGCACACGUUCCGGUCAGUUGCACGGCACAGCACCGCGUCCAUAUUCGAUUGCCGGCGAACUGUUGGUGGUUGGUGGCAGCGAUGAGGAUCCGGCGAUGAUGCACAAUCACAGUGCGUGCAACAGCAAGCAGAGCAAGUCUUUGGACUCUGUGGCAGCGAUGACGCCAGAGGAGGAGAAUCGCAAGUGCAUGAAUGAUUUUCUCAACAAGAUUGACAACACAAUUUCCGAGUCGCGCAAAUAUGUUGAGCGUUCCAAGGAUUUAGUUAGCAGCCAGAGUGAUGCGGAUAUUUGCAACAGUUUCGGUUGCACCGAUGCCUUUCCGCAGCGUCGCAAUCAUCAGCUGAAUAACUCCUACAAGAACAGCAACAACAACAACAACAACAACAAUCGUCCGCCGCAGCAUCAGCGACACAGUUCGACGGGCAGCGGAAAUUCGGAUACGGCACAGCUUUUGAAUACGACGCAAACGCGACGCGUGCAAAAUUCCUUGAAACGUCUGGAGAAACAGCAGGAUGAUUUCUUUGAAUUGUAGCAGCUGUUUGGGAACACAUACACUGAGCAAAUUAACCAAGCGCUACGACAUUAUAACUAGUUUUAAUUACUGUGCAAUAAAAAAAAAACAGAAAAGAUAGAAAACACAUGUAGACCGCUAGAGAGACAGAGAGAGAGAAAGUUAAUUUUACAAAUUGUUUUUAAUUGCUGCACAUCGUGGGAUAAUACGAAAUGCUGCACUAAAUGUAAAUUAUAUAUAUAUAUACAUAUAUAUCCAGCUACACACACACAUAUAUACUAUAUACACUAUAUACAAACCUACAUACAUCUAUAUAUGUUAAGCAGCGCUGCGCUAUUUAAAAAACCUGUACUAUAUAUACUACUACUAUGACGUAUGAGAUGACGACGCAGUUGUCGAAUGUUUUUGAUCUUAUUGUAUGUUAGUCCAACUGUCAGCCCUUUGUAAUUGCCGCCAAUUUGCUUGCAAAGUCUAUCUAACUACCCCCCAAAAACUACCCCCAAAUUCCCUUCCAAUUACCCCAAUUAAUGCCACCAUUUAUGAUUAUUUUUUGUAUGACUAGCUUUAAUUACUCGUUUAAUGCUUAGUUUAGUUAUGAGAAUUAUUAAUCUUAAUUCACACACAUACACAGACACACAUAUACACACACACACACACACACACAUACACACACACUACACACACACAUACACACACACACACACACAGACACACACUUAGUUGUUAAUCAGUACACCUUGAUUCACAUAAAAUGACUGCUCUUUUUGUCGUAACUGUUUGCAAAUUUUUAAUUGGCCCCCCACAUAAAAUACCAACUGAUAAAUAUAAUCUGUAAUCAGUAGUAUGUGUGUAAUUAUAAUUUAUUUGUUAUUGCCUGUCAAUAGUAUUUUUAACUUAAUAUUUUGGUGCAAUCGUCGUACAUAUCCAUGUCCACACACAAUCCAGCCGAGAACCUUUCCAAAGGCCAAAUAAAAUGCAAAUCAAGUUGUA